CUGCCGCCGCCCUCAGCCCCGCCACCCUGCGCUGCGGCGCCCCCGCCUCGCCCGCACCAUGAUCGCCGCGGCUUUCCUGGUCCUGCUGAGACCCUACAGCAUCCAAUGCGCGCUCUUCCUCUUGCUGCUUCUGCUGGGCACCAUCGCCACCAUCAUUUUCUUCUGCUGCUGGCACCGCAAGCUCCAGAAAGGGAGACAUCCGAUGAAAUCGGUCUUUUCGGGUCGUUCCCGGAGCAGAGAUGCUGUUCUGAGAUCUCAUCACUUUCGCUCUGAGGUAAUUUAUUUAGCGCACACUCUCAAGGGAUUCCGAGCGAGCCCUCGACAUAUCAGGAGACGGGUUGCAGCCGCCGCAGCUGCCCGACUAGAAGAGGUAAAGCCUGUGGUGGAAGCUCACCAUCAGAGUGAGCAAGAAACUUCAGUGAGGAAGCGAAGAAUCAAGAAAAGCAGCCGAGUCCAGCCAGAAUUUUAUCACUCUGUUCAAGGUGCUCCAGUCAGAAGACCUAGUUCCGGGAACGCGUCCUACCGCUGUUCAAUGUCUUCCUCUGCGGAUUUUUCGGAUGAGGAUGAUUUCAGCCAGAAAUCUGGCUCAGCAUCUCCAGCACCCGGAGACACCUUACCCUGGAAUUUGCCUAAACAUGAGAGAUCCAAAAGAAAGAUACAAGGGGGCUCAGUGCUGGACCCAGCAGAGAGGGCUGUGCUUCGGAUAGCAGAUGAGCGGGACAAAGUUCAAAAGAAAACAUUUACAAAAUGGAUAAAUCAGCAUCUCAUGAAGGUUCGAAAACAUGUAAAUGAUCUCUAUGAAGACUUACGGGAUGGGCACAACUUAAUCUCCCUUUUAGAGGUUCUUUCUGGAGAUACCUUGCCCAGAGAAAAAGGUCGGAUGCGCUUUCACAGACUGCAGAAUGUACAAAUUGCACUUGACUAUUUGAAAAGACGCCAGGUGAAAUUAGUGAAUAUUAGAAAUGAUGACAUAACAGAUGGGAAUCCUAAAUUGACUUUAGGGUUAAUAUGGACAAUAAUUUUGCACUUUCAGAUAUCUGACAUCCAUGUAACUGGAGAGUCAGAGGACAUGUCUGCAAAAGAGAGGUUGCUGCUCUGGACACAGCAGGCAACAGAGGGUUAUGCUGGAAUACGGUGUGAAAAUUUCACUACCUGCUGGAGAGAUGGAAAACUAUUUAAUGCCAUAAUUCAUAAAUACAGGCCGGACCUGAUCGACAUGAAUACUGUUGCUGUUCAAAGCAACCUUGCAAAUUUAGAGCAUGCUUUUUAUGUAGCUGAAAAAAUUGGUGUUAUAAGACUUCUAGACCCUGAAGAUGUUGAUGUCUCUUCGCCUGAUGAAAAGUCAGUGAUAACCUAUGUGUCAUCUCUCUACGAUGCAUUCCCCAAAGUCCCUGAAGGUGGAGAAGGCAUCAGUGCAAAUGAUGUUGAAGUCAAAUGGAUAGAAUACCAGAAUAUGGUGAAUUACCUCAUCCAGUGGAUUAGACACCAUGUGAUUACAAUGUCUGAGAGAACAUUUCCUAAUAAUCCUGUAGAAUUAAAGGCACUUUAUAAUCAGUAUUUACUAUUUAAAGAAACAGAAAUCCCACCAAAGGAGGCAGAGAAAUCUAAAAUUAAAAGACUAUAUAAAUUAUUAGAGAUUUGGAUAGAAUUUGGGCGCAUCAAACUCCUUCAAGGUUAUCAUCCAAAUGAUAUAGAAAAAGAGUGGGGCAAACUCAUUAUUGCUAUGCUUGAGAGGGAAAAGGCACUGCGACCAGAAGUGGAGAGGUUGGAAAUGCUGCAACAGAUUGCUACCCGAGUUCAGAGGGAUAGUGUCCUCUGUGAAGACAAACUGAUCCUUGCCCGAAAUGCCCUCCAGUCUGAUUCUAAAAGAUUAGAGUCAGGAGUGCAGUUUCAGAAUGAAGCAGAAAUUGCCGGGUAUAUACUUGAAUGUGAGAACCUUCUACGCCAGCACGUCAUUGAUGUACAGAUUCUUAUUGAUGGAAAAUACUACCAGGCAGAUCAGUUGGUGCAGAGGGUUGCAAAACUGCGGGAUGAAAUUAUGGCCUUAAGGAACGAAUGUUCCUCAGUGUACAGCAAAGGACGCAUGCUGACCACAGAGCAGACAAAACUCAUGAUAUCAGGAAUCACUCACAGUUUAAACUCAGGAUUUUCACAGACCUUACACCCCAGCCUGAACUCAGGGCUAACCCAGAGUUUAACACCUUCCUUUACGUCUUCUAGUGUGACUUCUGGCUUGUCAUCAGGGAUGACAUCCCGCCUAACUCCAUCUGUCACUCCAGCUUAUACACCUGGUUUUCCAUCUGGACUAGCUCCAAAUUUCAGUUUAGGAGGAGAGCCAAAUUCAUUACAGACUGUGAAAUUUAUGCAGAUCCGAAAACCCCUUCUAAAAUCUUCUUUGCUGGAUCAGAAUUUAACAGAAGAGGAAAUCAAUAUGAAAUUUGUUCAAGAUCUCUUGAAUUGGGUUGAUGAGAUGCAGGAGCAGCUGGAUCACGCUGAAUGGGGCUCAGAUUUGCCAAGUGUUGAAAGCCACUUAGAAAAUCAUAAAAAUGUUCACCGAGCUAUUGAAGAAUUUGAAUCUAGCCUUAAGGAAGCUAAAAUUAGUGAGAUUCAGAUGACAGCUCCUCUCAAGCUGACUUACACAGACAAGUUGCACAGAUUGGAGAAUCAGUACGCAAAACUCUUGAACACUUCUAGAAAUCAGGAAUGCCACCUUGAUACACUCCAUAAUUUUGUAAGUCGGGCAACUAAUGAACUUAUCUGGUUGAAUGAAAAAGAAGAGGAAGAAGUUGCUUACGACUGGAGUGAGAGAAAUACCAGCAUAGCUCGGAAGAGAGAGUACCACGCUGAAUUAAUGAGAGAACUUGAUCAAAAGGAGGAAAAUAUUAAAUCGGUUCAGGAGAUAGCAGAGCAGCUGCUUCUAGAAAACCAUCCAGCUCGGUUGACUAUUGAGGCCUACAGAGCAGCAAUGCAGACACAGUGGAGCUGGAUCUUACAGCUCUGCCAGUGUGUGGAGCAGCACAUAAAAGAGAACACCGCAUAUUUUGAGUUUUUCAAUGAUGCCAAAGAAGCUAGUGAUUACUUAAGGAAUCUAAAAGAUGCCAUUCAGCGCAAGUACAGCUGUGAUAGAUCCAGCAGCAUUCACAAGCUGGAAGACCUUGUCCAGGAGUCAAUGGAAGAAAAGGAAGAACUUCUGCAGUACAAAAGCUCAGUUGCUGGCCUGAUGGGCAGAGCAAAUACUAUUGUUCAGCUGAAGCCCAGGAAUCCCGACAGUCUGCUUAAAACUUCUAUUCCCAUCAAAGCAAUCUGUGACUAUAGACAGAUUGAGAUAACCAUUUAUAAAGACGAUGAAUGUGUUUUGGCAAACAACUCUCACCGUGCUAAAUGGAAGGUCAUUAGUCCUACAGGGAAUGAGGCUAUGGUCCCUUCUGUGUGCUUCACGGUUCCUCCGCCAAACAAAGAAGCAGUCGACUUUGCAAACAGAAUUGAGCAGCAAUAUCAGAAUGUUCUCACUCUUUGGCAUGAGUCUCACAUAAACAUGAAGAGUGUCGUCUCCUGGCAUUAUCUAGUCAAUGAAAUCGAUAGAAUUCGAGCUAGUAAUGUGGCUUCAAUAAAGACAAUGUUGCCUGGUGAGCACCAGCAAGUUCUGAGUAAUCUGCAGUCCCGUUUGGAAGAUUUUCUAGAAGAUAGCCAGGAAUCCCAAAUAUUUUCAGGCUCAGAUAUAACACAGCUGGAAAAGGAGGUGAAUGUGUGUAAGAAGUAUUACCAAGAGCUUCUUAAAUCUGCAGAAAGAGAGGAGCAAGAGGAGUCAGUUUAUAAUCUUUACAUCUCUGAAGUGAGAAACAUAAGACUUCGGUUAGAGAGCUGUGAAGAUCGGCUGAUCCGGCAGAUCCGGACACCCCUGGAAAGAGAUGAUUUACAUGAAAGUAUGUUCAGAAUCACAGAGCAGGAGAAACUAAAGAAAGAGCUGGAACGACUUAAAGAUGAUUUGGGAAUAGUCACAAAUAAAUGUGAAGAGUUUUUCAGUCAAGCGGCAGACUCUCCUUCUGUUCCUACUCUGCGAUCUGAGCUCAGUGUGGUCAUUCAAAACAUGAACCACAUUCACUCCAUGUCUUGCACAUACAUAGAAAAGUUGAAGACAGUUAAUUUAGUAUUAAAAAACACUCAAGCUGCAGAAGCCCUUGUAAAACUCUAUGAAACCAAAUUGUGUGAGGAAGAAGCAGUUAUAGCUGACAAGAAUAAUAUUGAGAACCUGAUGAGUACUUUGAAGCAAUGGCGAUCAGAGGUAGAUGAAAAGAGAGAUGUAUUCCAUGCACUGGAGGAUGAGUUGCAGAAAGCAAAAGCCAUCAGUGAUGAAAUGUUUAAGACAUAUAAAGAACGGGACCUUGAUUUUGACUGGCACAAAGAAAAAGCAGACCAGCUGGUUGAAAGAUGGCAAAAUGUUCAUGUGCAGAUUGACAACAGGCUGCGUGACUUGGAAGGCAUUGGGAAAUCAUUGAAGUACUACAGAGACACCUACCAUCAUCUAGAUGACUGGAUCCAGCAGGUUGAGACUACUCAGAGAAAGAUUCAGGAAAAUCAACCUGAAAACAGCAAAACACUAGCCACACAGUUGAAUCAGCAGAAGAUGCUGGUGUCUGAAAUAGAAAUGAAACAGAGUAAAAUGGAUGAAUGUCAAAAGUAUUCAGAACAGUACUCAGCUGCAGUAAAGGACUAUGAAUUGCAAACAAUGACCUAUCGGGCCAUGGUAGAUUCACAACAAAAAUCUCCAGUAAAACGCCGAAGAAUGCAGAGCUCGGCGGAUCUCGUUGUUCAGGAGUUCAUGGACCUACGGACUCGAUACACUGCUCUGGUCACUCUUAUGACACAAUAUAUUAAAUUUGCUGGUGAUUCAUUAAAAAGACUGGAAGAGGAGGAGAAGUCACUGGAAGAGGAAAAGAAACAGCAUGUUGAAAAAGCUAAAGAAUUGCAAAAAUGGGUAUCAAAUAUCAGCAAGACAUUGAGAGAUGGAGAGAAAGCUGAGAAAUCUCUCUUCUCUAAGCAACAGAUUUCUAGUAAAGAAAUAUCAACCAAGAAGGAACAGCUCUCUGAAUCACUUCAAGCUAUCCAGCUUUUCUUGGCUAAACAUGGAGACAAACUGACAGAUGAAGAAAGAAGUGAACUGGAAAAACAAGCGAAAAGUCUUCAAGAAGGAUACUUAUUAUUCAGUGAAUCUCUGAAACAGCUACAAGAAUCACAACCCUCUGGAGAUGUCAAGGUAGAGAAGCUGGAUAAAGUCAUCUCAGGCACCAUUGAUCAGACAACUGGAGAAGUCCUUUCCGUCUAUCAGGCAGUUUUAAGAGGCCUCAUUGACUAUGACACAGGAAUCAGGUUGCUAGAGACACAGCUAAUAAUUUCUGGCUUAAUUUCACCAGAAUUAAGAAAGUGUUUUGACCUCAAAGAUGCUGAGAGUUGUGGCCUCAUUGAUGAACAAAUUCUUUGCCAACUGCAAGAACUAAAUAAAGCUAAGGAGAUUAUUUCUACUGUGUCGUCGACCUCAGUUCCUGUCCUGGAUGCUCUGGCUCAAGGCAUGAUAGCAGAGUCCAUGGCCAUUAGAGUUCUGGAGAUGCUGCUUUCCACAGGCUUUCUGGUUGUCCCAGCCACAGGUGAACAGCUGACCCUGCAAAAGGCUUUCCAACAGAAUUUACUUUCUUCAGCAUUGUUUUCUAAAGUCCUGGAAAGGCAAAACAUGUGCAAAGAUCUUAUAGACCCGUGUACUUCUGAGAAGGUGUCUUUAAUUGAUAUGGUCCAAAGAAGCAUUUUGCAGGAAAACACUGGGAUGUGGCUUCUACCUGUGAGGCCACAGGAAGGGGGCCGAAUAACACUGAAAUGUGGAAGGAGCAUAAGCAUUUUAAGAGCAGCUCAUGAAGGUCUCAUAGACCGUGAAACCAUGUUCAGGUUGUUAGGUGCGCAGCUUCUGUCUGGAGGUCUGAUAAGUGGUAACUCUGGUCAGAAAAUGACUGUUGAAGAAGCCACAGCAGAGGGAAUGAUCGACAGAGACACUGCAAAUGCUAUCCUCACAUACCAGGUUCAGACUGGUGGGAUCAUGCACUCAAACCCUGCUAAGCGCCUAACAGUAGAUGAAGCGGUGCAAUGUGACUUGAUAACAUCCAGCAGUGCUCUUCUGGUUUUGGAGGCUCAGCGAGGCUAUGUUGGGCUCCUUUGGCCCCACUCUGGCGAAAUAUUCCCCACGUCUUCUUCCUUGCAACAAGAGUUGAUUACAAAUGAAUUAGCCUACAAAAUUCUGAAUGGACGGCAGAAAAUUGCUGCUCUUUAUAUCCCAGAAAGUUCUCAAGUCAUUGGCUUGGAUGUUGCUAAUCAGCUAGGAAUUAUAGAUAAUAAUACAGUGUCCAUUUUAAAAAAUAUAACACUACCAGACAAAAUGCCAGACUUAGGAGAUCUAGAAGCUUGUAAAAAUGCCAAAAGAUGGCUCUCUUUUUGUAAAUUCCAUCCAUCUACAGUUCAUGAUUAUAGGCAGGAAGAGGAUGGCUUUGAUGGUGAAGAGCCAGCAGCAACUCAGAAUUUAGAACAAACUAAGAACUUAUUCCUCUCUUAUUUGAUGGUGAAUAGCUACAUGGAUGCAAACACGGGGCAGAGACUCUUGCUCUAUGAUGGAGACUUGGAUGAGGCUGUUAGCAUGCUGCUGGAAAGCUGUGGUGCAGAAUUUGGAGAGGAAAUACCCAUAAAAGAAAGUCUUGCUGUCUCAAGCUACUCUGAUAUCUUUCUCAAUUAUGCUACAAGUAAAGAGAAAGAAUGUUUCACUUCACCAACUGGUUUUGAUAAAUAUCCUUGUGGAGAACCUGAACAUAAAGAGAUUGUUGAAAAUAGAAAGUGUGCUCUAAAGGAAGAGCUUUGUGAAAUGAGAACUGGUAGCAGCAGUGUGUUGUACCAGUCUGAAAACCUAGGAAAGUCAGCAGCAGUUGUUGAUGAAGCCAGCAUUUCAUCUAGCAUGUGGGUCCCCACACCUGUGUCACAUUCACCACAGAUUGAACUUGCAGAAGGUAGCAUGCUCAGACAUGAUUCUGAAAACAUGCAUAAAAUCUGUGAAAAUCAAAGUCAACUUGAAGCAAAGGAAUAUCCAGAUGAAUGUAGCAGUAAAGAAUUUGCGAGUAAUUUUUUGACAUCAAAAGCUGGUAGACUCUACGAUUCAAGUGAGGAUGAGAUUGAAGAUGCUGUGCAUAAGGACCCAUCUGUCUUUGACUAUUCCCCGAGUCUUAGUGCCCUAUUAAGUCAUGAUGAGAUGAGGCACUAUCAGGGAAAUUUUAAUGAUAGCCAUACCCCACAGAACAUUGGGUAUAAAUGUGAAGCCUCUGCAUUGUCAGUCAGUGACCAGAGCAUAUCAGCAGAUCAAAGAACAAAAGAAACAUUUCAGGACCAGUAUCUGGGAAUAGCAGCUAUUAACGUCAGUUUUCAGGGAGAACACUGUGAACAAAAUUCUUUAAAUAUUGGUAGCAGUAAUCCUCAAGUACAGUAUCACAAUGAUAAAUACAUGUCAGAUGCUUUCUGUAAGCUUGAAAAUACUCAUACAGUUGCUAAGCAAACACUUGAAGGCAGACAAAGCAGGUCUGAAGUAGAAAAAUACUUACACACCAUGAACCCAGGGGAUGGUUCAGAUAAUACCAGUGCAUCUGUUGGUGGUGUACUAUCACAUGAAGAAGCCAUCAGUGCUGGGGACUAUGAGACAUCACUGCUGGAUGACCAGCAGAGUGACAUGGGAACAGACAGUGAGAGUGGUGAUGAUUUUUAUGAUACCCCCUUGUUUGAAGAGGAUGACCAUGACUCUUUGAUUCUUCAAGGUGAUGACCAUGAUUGUUUGCAACCUGAGGACUGUGACACAUUGCAGGAGGAAAAUGAUGGGACCCCUCCUCCUGUGGAUGUUUUUUAUGAUGUUUCAAAGGAGAAGAAUUCUAUGUUUCCCCAAGGAGGAAUAGUUGACAGCUUAAGUGUAAACAGCAAAGCACAUCUUCAAGAAUUUCUUGAAGGUACCGAGAAAGCUGAAUUCCAUUCUGGUAACAAGGAACAGUUAUGUUCAGGGAGCUCAGACCAGGUGAAUGAACAGUCAGCAGGAUUUGUAUCUGAAAAGGAAACUGCAAGUGACCUAGAGAGUGAUGAGUCUGACUCAUUGACCGAUGAUGAGAUUACAGGAAGGAGAGAGAGCUCCGGUACUUUAUUAAAACCUGAUGAUUGUUGGAAAGGAAGAAAAGAAGAGUAUGAAACUGGACAGGAAAUUCGAUCUGAUACUGAUCAUUUAGAAUCCAUGCAAAGUAGAGAAAGUUACAGGUAUGUGUGUGACAGUAACAAUCUAGAUGAUGAGAAUGAUGGCGACUGUCCUAGUGACUACAGCAGUGAUGAUGAUGGCUAUGGAGGAGACGAACAAGGAGUAGGAGAUGAGACUGGAAAGCUCAGGAGCCCAGAUAAAGAUGAAGAUACCCAGGUGUAUGCCACCACUGUAAAGGAAAACAGUGAUGAAAAUCAGACCAUCAAUAAAGUGAGCCUCUUGGGUAAAACACACAGCUACAGUCCCGUAGAAAAACAGCACAGUGUAAAUGUUUUACAGCUAGAAUCGACUAGUCAGAGUAGCUUAGUUACUGACAGAAGCAACCUUUCAGAACUUAGAACUGAAGCUCUUGGAAGAAAUGACGUAAGCCUACCUAGUCAUGUGACAACUAAAGAUGUGUCACUGCCUAAUACCAAAGACACUGAUUCCAAAAAGGACUUGGGCUCAGAAGGCAUUUUGCCUAAUAAUGUCAGUUUGACUUCUGAACUAGAAAGUGAUAUAAUUGUCACAAAGGUCCCUUUGGUUCCAGGGCCAGAAGCUGCAGACUCUCUGAAAGCUGAAGGCAAGUAUCUUGAGAAUGUAUCGUCGAAAAUCUUCUCAUCUUUUAAUAAAAUCAGUCAUUCUGAAACUGAUCAUAUAGGAGUGCCUUCUGAGGACAGCCAGUUGUUACCCACAGCCUCUGUAAGUGACAGAGAUAACGAAAGAAAAGGAAGAGGUCCAGUUAAAGGAAGAGAUGCCAGAAAUAAUGCUCUAAUAGGAGGUGAAGCAUCCAUUCAGAAAAUGGCCUCAGGUAAGGGAGAAAGGUUGUUAGACAGUCCUAAAGAAGAAAAACCACACCUCAGCCUUUUACCAAAUGAAGGUACAACGGAGAGCCUCAGUUUGGUUAAGAAUCAGUUUCCAAUCCCACAGAUCAACAGCAGGGAACUUAACCAGAAAGAUAGCCUAGAAAAAGUGACUGUAACUCUAAGAGAUGAACCAAAAAGUGUACAAGCAAUGAGUAGGAAAAGUCCUGUUCAGUUUGAGAAUCUUGCAGAAAUAUUUGACACCUCAACUUCCAAAGUGACUGUUGUUGACUUGACUUCAGACAUUGCAUCCCCUGGGGUACACAGCAGUGAAGCGGAAGGUCCCUUCACCGAAGAACCAGAGAAAGACUGUGACCUGUUUACUUUUUUAAAACAUUGUGCUAAAAACAUAAAAGCAGAUAUCCUGGAAGCAAAUGAAAAUGUCCCAAGCCAUGCUCUGAUAGCUGCCCCUUCCAUGAAAGAAGAUUUAUGGUUAAGAACGAAUAAUGCAGAAGAGAAAACAGCUCCCCCUGAAGAAGACUGGCCUCCAGGUGACAGUCUCCAGCAUAGCCUUUGUACCACAGAAAGUGUCUCUGAAGGAAAAACAGAAGUUCAGCAGUUCGCCCCAGAAAGGACCACAGUUUCCGUCUCACUUGUUCAAAAUGUGGAGGACCAUGGGGAAAAUACUGAUUGUUUGCAGUCAAAGCUCUGUACAAAUGGAGUAAAAAAUACCUCUGACAAUACUUUGGAUAUGAGUUUCUCACUGUUAGAAAUUAACAGUAAGAAAGAAAACAUUGAGAGACAGCCAGACAAAGAACAAGCCUUGUCUUCAAGACCCCAUGAAAAAGAAGUUCAGGUUCCAGAAUCAUCUCAGGGAUUUGUAGAUGUCAAGGGUAUCUUGAAAAGCAGAUUGGAAGAAGGUCAUGGGACUCUUAAAGAGGUGGGAGACCCUUCAGCUUAUACAGACACCAAAAUUAUAAUUCGGAACUUGAUUCAAAGGGUUAUCUUAUCCCAGUUGCCAAAUGAAGUAUGUAGUAUGUCUAGUGACUCUAAAACCAAUGAUAGUCCUGGAGUUUCCCCCAUGAAUAACUCGUCAGAACUCGUCGCAGAGAGCAAAGGUGAGCCUUUCUGUAUUGCAAAUCAUAAGAUUGACCUUCCUGAUAUACUGAGGCAGAGUCAGCAUAACCAGGAAAUCACAGGCACAUUCGAGUUGAUGAAGGAAUUAACUCAGGUGGAGUUUGAUCUAGAGGAAAAGGGCAUUCCAUCAGAAUUACUUCCACAACUUGAAAGUGUGCUCUACAAGCUGCUUUCUGAUGGGCAUUCAAAAGAAAGAGAACAGACUGGAGCAUCAAAUCAAAAGGUGUGUGCUUCUGAGAUGCUGGAAGAGAAGUCAUACACCUGUGGUGAUCUUAAAAGCAAAGAAGGAAAUGGCUGUUCCCUGAACCUACAGACUGUAAAGGAAAUGGGGCUAGAAAGUGCUACUGAGCACGUAUCAUCACUGCCAAGACAUGAGUCGAUCCAGGAGCUGUGCAGUGACCUUCCAAAUCAUUCUGAAUGUAUUUCUGGGUCAAAAAAGGUGGCUUCUGAUGAUAUCUCAAAAGAAAAAUUUUCUAGUGAGUUGCAACAGUGCUUACAACAUACUGAGAAAAUGCAGGAGUAUUUGGCUCUGCUUCAAGAUAUGAAACCCCCCUUGGAAGGUGAAGAGUAUGUGGAUAACAAUCUAGAAGCUUUGAAGAAGCAACUUAAACAGUUAGAGACAUUUGAGUUGGGAUUGGCUCCUAUUGCUGUGAUUUUAAGAAAAGAUCUGAAGUUGGCAGAAGACUUCUUAAAGUCUCCUCCUAGUCACCUUCCCAGAGGACAUCUUGAGGAACUGAGCAAAAGUCACCAAGAUCUGCAGACUGCCUUCUCUUCCCUCAGCAGCACAUCUUCAGAAAGAAUGAAACAGACCAUGCUUGCGAUUGACUCUGAAAUGUCUAAACUAGCAGUUUGCCAUGAAGACUUCCUCAGUAAACUCAAGUCAUUAUCAGAUUGGAUCUCAGAGAAGACCAAGUCUGUGAACGAUGCUCAAACUGUGAAUGUCGAAGAUGCUGAACUUGUAAAGAAAAGUUUGGAGUUUCUCAAGAAUGUGCUGCGAGACCUCGCACAUAGCAAAGUGCAGCUGGAUACAAUGGCCUUUGACAUACAGUUCUUCAUCUCUGAAUAUGCGCAAGAUCUGUCUCCCAACCAAAGCAGACAACUGCUCAGACUCUUAAACACAACCCAGAAGUGUUUUCUUGACAUGCAGGAGUUGGUCACCACCAAGGUGGAUCAUUUAGAGACUCAGUUACACCUGGAACAGGAACUUGAUCAUCAGAAGAUUGUGGCAGAGUGUCAACAGGAGUACAAAGAGAAGCUCCAAGGGCUGUGUGAUCUCCUCACCCAAACUGAGAACCGCCUAAUUGGUCACCAAGAAGCCUUUGUGAUUGGAGAUGGCACGGUUGAGUUAAAGAAGUACCAGUCUAAGCAAGAGGAAUUACAGAAAGAUAUGCAAAGAAGUGCACAGGCAUUAACAGAAGUCGUGAAAAAUACAGAAAUCUUUUUAAAAGAGAAUGGGGAAAAGCUGUCCCAGGAAGAUAAAGCUUUGAUUGAGCAGAAACUGAAUGAGGCAAAGGUGAAGUGUGAGCAGCUGAAUUUAAAGGCAGAACAGUCGAAAAAGGAGCUGGAUAAAGUUGUGAAGACAGCAAUCAAGGAAGAAACUGAAAAGGUUGCAGCUGUGAGACAGCUAGAAGAGAGCAAAACCAAAAUAGAAAACCUUUUGGACUGGUUGUCAAAUGUUGACAAAGACUCAGAAAGAGCAGAGACAAAAUACACUCAGGUGAUUGAACAGAAUGGAUCCCAUUUUCAAGAAGGCGACGGCAAGUCAGUGAUUGGUGAAGAGGAUGAAGUUAAUGGCAACCUACUGGAAACAAGUGUUGAUGGGCACGUUGAGACGACCGAGGAGAAUCUGAACCAGCAGUACCAGAAAGUCAAGGCCCAGCAUGAAAAGAUCAUGGCCCAGCACCAAGCUGUCAUCGCAGCCACACAGUCUGCAGAGGCAUUGCUAGAGAAGCAGGGCCGCUAUCUAUCACCCGAGGAAAAGGAGAAGCUGCAGAAGAACAUGAGGGAGCUGAAAGCGCAUUAUGAGACCGCGCUGGCCGAGUCUGAGAAGAAGAUGAAGCUAACGCACUCGCUGCAGGAAGAGUUAGAGAAGUUCGAUGCUGAUUACAGUGAGUUUGAGCACUGGCUACAGCAGUCAGAGCAAGAGCUGGAAAACCUGGAGGCGGGCGCGGAUGACUUCACCGGUUUGCUGGCCAAGCUGAAGAGGCAGAAGAGCUUCUCAGAAGACGUGAUUUCACACAAAGGUGACCUGAGGUACAUCACAAUUUCUGGAAGCAGGGUGUUAGAAGCUGCCAAAUCUUGCAGCAAGAGAGAUGGCAGCAAGGUUGAGGACAAUAUUGACACUUCCUCCACCCACAGAGAAGUUCAGCGCAAACUGGACCACGUGACAGACCGAUUCCGGUCUCUCUACUCCAAGUGCAGUGUCCUUGGAAAUAAUCUUAAAGAUCUAGUGGAUAAGCACCAACACUAUGAAGAUGCCUCAUGUGCACUUCUUUCUGGGCUCCAGGCCUGUGAGGCCAAAGCAAGCAAACAUUUACUCGAACCUAUUGCUGUGGACCCCAAAAAUCUGCAAAGGCAGUUAGAAGAGACCAAGGCUCUGCAAGGGCAGAUAUCAAGUCAGCAGGUUGCUGUAGAGAAGCUGAAAAAAACAGCAGAGGUGCUUUUAGAUGCCAGAGGAUCUUUGCUUCCAGCCAAGAAUGAGAUCCAGAAGACGCUUGAUGACAUUGUUGGGCGAUAUGAUGAUCUGUCCAAGUCUAUGGGUGAACGGAAUGAGAAGCUGCAGAUGACACUGACCCGCUCACUGAGUGUGCAGGACGGCUUGGAUGAGAUGCUGGCCUGGAUGGGAACUGUGGAAAGCUCACUCAGAGAACAAGGUCAGGUGCCCUUAAACUCUGCAGCCCUUGAGGAUCUCAUCAGCAGAAACAUUAUGUUGGAACAGGAUAUUACAGGUCGUCAGAGCAGCAUCAAUGCCAUGAAUGAAAAAGUGAAGACAUUUAUGGAGACAACAGACCCAUCCACUGCUUCCUCGCUGCAAGCUAAAAUGAAGGACCUGUCUGCUCGGUUUUCUGAAGCGAGUGAUAAACAUAAAGAGAAGCUCGCCAAGAUGGUGGAGCUAAAAGCCAAAGUAGAGCAGUUUGAGAGCCUCUCUGAAAAGCUCCAGAUGUUUUUAGAGACACAAGCACAGGCUCUCACUGAGGUAGAUAUGCCAGGAAAAGAUGUUACAGAGCUGUCUCAACAUGUGCAGGAAUCGACUACUAAAUUCUUAGAACACAAGAAAGAUCUUGAAGCUUUGCACAGUCUUCUGAAGGAGAUAUCGAGCCAUGGCUUACCAGGGGAUAAGGCUCUGGUGUUUGAAAAAACAAAUAAUUUGUCAAAGAAAUUCAAAGAAAUGGAGGAUACUAUCAAAGAAAAAAAAGAAGCAGUAACUUCUUGUCAAGAACAGCUGGAAGCUUUCCAAGUCCUUGCUAAAUCGUUGAAGUCAUGGAUAAAAGAAACAACAGAGCGAGUUCCCAUUGUACAGCCUUCCUUUGGUGUAGAAGACUUAGGAAAAUGUCUAGAGGAAACAAAGAAAUUACAAGAAACAUGGAGUUUAAAAACAUCAGAAAUUCAGAAAGUAAACAACAGUGGGAUUUCACUAUGUAACCUAAUAAGUGCGGUGACUACCCCUGCAAAGGCCAUUGCAGCAGUUAAAUCAGGUGGAGUAAUACUAAAUGGUGAAGGAGCAGACACAAAUACUCAGGAUUUCUUGGCAAAUAAAGGUUUAACAUCUGUUAAAAAGGACAUGACUGACAUAAGCCACAGCUAUGAAGAUCUUGGGCUCUUACUCAAGGAUAAAAUAGCUGAACUGAAUACCAAACUCUCCAAGUUACAAACGGCUCAGGAGGAAUCCAGUGCAAUGAUGCAGUGGUUACAGAAAAUGAACAAAACUGCAAACAAAUGGCACCAAGCACCAACACCAACCGAUACUGAAUCUGUGAAGACGCAGGUUGAGCAGAAUAAGUCAUUUGAGGCAGAACUCAAACAAAAUGUAAAUAAAGUGCAGGAAUUAAAAGACAAAUUGAUGGAGCUGGUAAAGGAGAAUCCAGAUACUCCUGAGGCCCCCAAGUGGAAACAGAUGCUGACAGAAAUAGAUACUAAGUGGCAAGAGCUCAACCAGUUGACAGUUGAUAGACAGCAAAAGCUAGAAGAGUCCUCCAACAAUCUAACCCAGUUCCAGACCACAGAGGCCCAGUUAAAACAGUGGCUUGUGGAGAAAGAACUGAUGGUCAGUGUUCUUGGACCCUUGUCCAUUGACCCAAAUAUGUUGAACACACAGAGGCAGCAAGUACAGAUUCUGCUGCAAGAAUUUGACACUCGGAAACCUCAGUACGAGCAGCUAACAGCAGCUGGUCAGAGCAUUCGGAGAAGACCCAGGGAAGACCCUUCUUUACAUGGGCUUGUGAAAGAGCAACUGACAGCUGUGACCCAGAAGUGGGACAGCCUAACAGGACAAUUGAGGGACAGAUGUGACUGGAUUGACCAGGCUAUUGUCAAAAGCACACAGUAUCAGAGCUUGCUGAGAAGUCUUUCCAACACAUUGAGUGAGCUGGAUAAUAAACUCAGCAGCAGUCUAGCUGUGAACACACUCCCUGAUGCUAUGACCCAGCAGCUGGAAACGGCCCAAAAACUGAAGCAGGAAAUAGAGCAGGAAACAAAGCAGAUAAAAGUGGCCCAGGCACUCUGUGAGGACCUGUCAGCACUGGUUAAAGAAGAAUACUUGAAAGCUGAACUUAGUAGGCAACUGGAGGGCAUCUUAAAAUCAUAUAAGGAUAUUGAACAAAAAACAGAAAAUCAUGUUCAGCACCUUCAGUCAGCUUGUGCAAGCUCUCAUCAAUUUCAACAAAUGUCUAGAGAUUUUCAGGCCUGGUUGGACACAAAGAGAGAAGAGCAAUGUAACGCUCCCCCAAUAUCAGCCAAACUAGUUGUCUUGGAGUCAUUAAUUAAAGAUCAGAAAGACUUUAGCAAAACUCUCACUGCCCAGUCUAGUAUGUAUGAGAAAACUAUUGCAGAAGGUGAAAACCUUUUAUUAAAAACACAGGGUACUGAGAAAGCAGCCUUACAGUCACAACUUAACACAAUUAAAACCAACUGGGAUCGCUUUAAGAAGCAGGUAAAAGCAAGAGAAGACAAGUUAAAAGAUUCGUUGGACAAAGCCCUCAAGUAUAAAGAGCAGGCAGAAAUUCUCCAGCCAUGGAUAGACAAAUGCCAGCACAACCUGGACAGAGUAAAGUUUUGCUUGGAUCCUGCUGAAACAGAGAAUUCCAUUGCUGAAUUAAAAUCUCUGCAGAAGGAAAUGGACCAACACUUUGGUAUGGUGGAAUUACUGAACAACACAGCCAAUAGCCUGCUCAGUGUCUGUGAGGUAGAUAAGGAGGUGGUGACAGAUGAAAAUAAGUCAUUGAUUCAGAAGGUAGACAAGGUCACUGAACAGCUCCACAAUAAGAAAUUGUCCCUGGAGAACAUGGCCCAGAAGUUUAAAGAAUUUCAGGAAGUUUCCAAAGAAGCGGAAAGGCAACUUCAGGGUGCAAAGGAACAACUGGAUGCCCAUCACUCCCUGGGACCCCAGGCCCACAGUAACAAAUACCUGACCAUGUUGCAGACUCAGCAGAAAUCACUUCAGACCUUGAAGCCCCAGGUAGAUUUGGCAAAAAAACUUGCACAGGACCUUGUGGUGGAAGCCUCAGACUCAAAGGGAACCUCUGAUGUUUUAUUGCAAGCAGAAAUCUUAGCUCAAGAGCAUAGUGCACUAAGCCAGCAAAUUGAUGAAAAGUGUUCUUUCUUAGAAACCAAGCUUCAGGGCAUUGGGCACUUCCAGAAUACCAUCCGAGAAAUGUUUUCUCAGUUUGCAGAGUUUGAUGAUGAGCUGGAUAGUAUGGCUCCAGUUGGGAGAGAUGCAGAAACAUUACAAAAGCAAAAGGAGUCGAUACAGACCUUUCUGAAGAAACUGGAAGCCCUCAUAGCAAGCAACGACAACGCAAAUAAGACCUGCAAGAUGAUGCUAGCCACAGAAGAAACCUCUCCUGACCUUGUCGGGAUCAAAAGGGACUUGGAGGCCUUGAGCAAACAGUGCAACAAGUUGCUAGACCGAGCAAGAGCCAGAGAAGAGCAGGUGGAAGGUGCCAUUGAGCGGCUUGAGGAGUUCUACAGCAAGCUGGAAGAAUUCUGUACUCUGCUCCAGAGGGCUGAAGAACAUGAAGAGUCCCAAGGCCCAGUGGGGAUGGAGACAGAGGCAAUUAACCAGCAGCUCAAUGUGUUCAAGGCGUUCCAGAAAGAAGAAAUUGAACCCUUGCAAGCUAAACAGCAAGAUGUGAACUGGUUAGGUCAAGGCCUUAUUCAGAGUGCAGCUACAGGCACCUGUACUCAGGGUUUGGAACAUGACCUGGAUGACGUCAGCACACGAUGGAAGACUCUCAAUAAGAAGGUGGCUCAGCGAGCAGCACAGCUACAGGAGGCACUGCUGCACUGUGGAAGGUUCCAGGACGCUCUUGAGUCCCUGCUCAGCUGGAUGGUAGACACUGAGGAGCUUGUGGCCAAUCAGAAGCCUCCAUCAGCUGAGUUCAAAGUGGUCAAGGCCCAGAUACAAGAGCAAAAGCUUCUGCAAAGAUUGUUGGAUGAUCGAAAGUCUACUGUGGAGGUCAUCAAACGAGAGGGAGAAAAAAUUGCUGCAACGGCUGAACCUUCAGAUAAAGUGAAGAUUUUGAAGCAGCUGCGUCUCCUGGACAGUAGAUGGGAGGCUUUGCUUAGUAAAGCUGAAACGAGGAAUCGUCAGUUGGAAGGUAUCUCAGUGGUAGCUCAGCAAUUUCACGAGACCUUAGAACCCUUGAAUGAGUGGCUUACAGCUGUAGAAAAGAGGCUGGCAAACUGUGAGCCCAUAGGAACCCAGACAUCUAAGCUCGAGGAGCAGAUUGCACAGCACAAGGCUUUAGAAGAUGACAUCAACAAUCACAAUAAACACUUGCACCAAGCUGUUAGCAUUGGCCAGUCCUUAAAGAUUCUGAGCUCCAGGGAGGAUAAAGACCUGGUACAGAGUAAACUAGACUUCUCCCAAGUGUGGUACUAUGAGAUUCAAGAGAAAAGUCACAACAGGUCUGAGCUCCUCCAGCAGGCCUUGUGUAAUGCUAAGAUUUUUGGGGAAGAUGAAGUUGAGCUGAUGAACUGGCUGAAUGAGGUGCAUGGCAAACUGAGCAAGCUCUCAGUCCAGGAUUACGGCACUGCGGGGCUGUGGGAGCAGCAGGCGGAACUUCGGGCUCUGCAAGAAGACAUCCUGCUCAGGAAACAAAAUGUAGACCAGGCACUGCUGAAUGGCUUAGAACUCCUCAAGCAGACCACAGGUGAUGAAGUCUUAAUUAUUCAAGAUAAAUUGGAAGCCAUUAAAGCAAGAUACAAAGACAUUACCAAAUUGAGUGCCGAUGUAUCAAAGACUCUGGAACAGGCUCUGCAGCUUGCCAGGCAGCUGCAUUCUACACGCAAGGAGCUGUGCAGCUGGCUGGACAGAGUGGAGGUGGAGCUGCUCUCAUAUGAGACUCAGGCUCUGAAAGGAGAGGGUUCGAGCCAAGCACAAGAGAGACAGAAAGAGCUGAAACAGGAAGUUAAGAACAACAAAGCCUUAUUGGAUUCCCUUAAUGAAGUGAGCUGUGCUUUGCUGGAACUGGUGCCCUGGCGGGCGAGAGAAGGACUCGAGAAGUUGGUCGCUGAGGACAAUGAACGCUACCGAUUGGUGAGCGACACCAUCACACAGAAGGUGGACGCCAUUGACGCUGCCAUUCUGCGGUCACAGCAGUUUGACCAGGCGGCGGAUGCUGAGUUAUCCUGGAUUGCUGAAACAGAAAAGAAAUUAAUGUCUCUGGGUGAUAUCAGGCUUGAGCAGCACCAGACCUCCACUCAGCUGCAGGUUCAAAAGACAUUCACCAUGGAUAUUUUGAGACACAAGGAUAUUAUUGAUGGACUUGUUAAAUCUGGGCAUAAAAUCAUGGCCACAUCCAGUGAAGAGGAAAAUCAGUCAAUGAAGAAAAAAUUGGAUAUGCUAUUGAAGAACUAUGAUGCCAUCUGCCAGAUGAACUCAGAGAGGUAUCUGCAGCUAGAACGGGCACAGUCCCUGGUUAACCAGUUCUGGGAGACAUAUGAGGAACUUUGGCCAUGGCUGACAGAAACACAAAGAAUCAUCUCUGCGCUCCCUGCCCCAGCCCUAGAAUACGAAACUCUAAGACAACAGCAGGAAGAACACCGGCAACUGCGAGAAUUGAUAGCAGAACACAAGCCUCACAUAGAUAAGAUGAACAAGACCGGGCCACAAUUACUGGGACUGAGCCCAAGAGAAGGCUUUUCUAUCCAAGAGAAGUAUGUGGCAGCUGACACCCUUUAUAGUCAGAUCAAAGAAGACGUCAAAAAGCGAGCUGUACUACUGGAUGAAGCCAUUUCUCAGUCAACUCAGUUCCAUGACAAAAUUGACCAGAUCCUUGAGAGCCUGGAGCGUAUUGUGGAGCGUAUGAGGCAGCCACCAUCCAUCUCUGCUGAGGUUGAAAAGAUCAAGGAGCAGAUCAGUGAAAAUAAGAACGUGUCAGUAGACAUGGAGAAGCUACAGCCACUGUAUGAAACACUGAAGCAAAGGGGAGAGGAGAUGAUUGCCAGGUCUGAGGGCACUGAUAAAGAUUUGUCCGCCAAAGCUGUGCAGGAUAAGCUGGACCAAAUGGUUUUCGUUUGGGAGAACAUACACUCACUGGUAGAAGAAAGGGAAGCCAAAUUACUGGAUGUGAUGGAACUAGCAGAAAAAUUCUGGUGUGAUCACAUGUCCUUGGUAGUUACUACUAAAGACACUCAAGAUUUCAUCCGGGACUUGGAAGAUCCUGGAAUUGAUCCCUCAGUAGUAAAACAACAGCAAGAAGCAGCAGAGGCUGUGAAGGAGGAAAUUGAUGGGCUGCAGGAGGAGCUGGACAUGGUGGUUAACCUGGGUUCUGAGCUCAUCGCUGCUUGUGGGGAACCUGAUAAACCCAUUGUCAAGAAGAGCAUAGAUGAGUUAAAUUCAGCAUGGGAUUCUCUAAAUAAAGCCUGGAAAGACCGGAUUGACAAACUUGAGGAGGCCAUGCAAGCUGCCGUUCAGUACCAGGAUGGACUGCAGGCAAUAUUUGACUGGGUGGAUAUUGCAGGCGGUAAAUUAGCUUCUAUGUCUCCUGUUGGAACAGAUCUUGAAACUGUCAAGCAACAGAUUGAAGAGCUAAAGCAAUUUAAGUCAGAGGCUUACCAACAGCAGAUAGAGAUGGAAAGACUGAACCAUCAAGCAGAACUUUUGCUGAAGAAAGUAACAGAAGAGAGUGAUAAACACACUGUUCAAGACCCAUUGAUGGAGCUGAAAUUGAUAUGGGAUAGCUUGGAUGAGAGAAUCGUCAACAGACAGCACAAGCUGGAGGGUGCUCUUUUGGCCCUGGGUCAGUUCCAGCACGCCCUGGAUGAGCUCUUGGCAUGGCUGACACACACGAAGGGGUUGCUAAGUGAACAGAAACCUGUUGGAGGAGAUCCUAAAGCCAUUGAAAUUGAACUUGCUAAGCAUCAUGUGCUACAAAAUGAUGUAUUAGCCCACCAGUCCACAGUGGAAGCUGUUAAUAAAGCAGGAAAUGAUCUAAUUGAAUCAAGUGCAGGAGAAGAAGCAAGCAACCUUCAGUCCAAGCUCAAGAUUUUAAACCAACGCUGGCAGAACAUUCUAGAAAAAACAGAACAAAGGAAGCAGCAGCUGGAUAGUGCCUUGCGCCAGGCCAAAGGAUUCCAUGGUGAAAUUGAGGAUUUGCAGCAGUGGCUGACUGACACUGAGCGUCAUCUGUUGGCAUCCAAACCUCUAGGAGGUUUACCAGAAACAGCCAAGGAGCAGCUUAAUGCACAUAUGGAAGUCUGCACUGCCUUUGAUGUUAAAGAAGAAACAUACAGGAGUCUGAUGGAGAAAGGCCAACAGAUGCUUGCAAGAUGUCCCAAUUCUACAGAGACAAAUAUUGACCAAGACAUAAAUAACUUGAAAGAGAAAUGGGAGUCUGUGAAAACCAAGCUCAAUGAAAAGAAAACUAAAUUGGAAGAGGCCCUCAACUUAGCGAUGGAAUUCCACAAUUCCCUCCAAGACUUCAUCAACUGGCUCACCCAAGCUGAGCAAACCCUGAAUGUGGCUUCCCGGCCAAGUCUUAUCUUAGACACAGUCUUGUUUCAAAUUGAUGAGCACAAGGUCUUUGCCAAUGAAGUAAAUUCUCACCGUGAGCAGAUAAUAGAACUGGACAAAACUGGAACCCACCUGAAGUAUUUCAGUCAGAAACAAGAUGUAGUGCUAAUUAAGAACCUGCUUAUCAGUGUGCAGAGUCGAUGGGAAAAAGUGGUUCAACGGUUAGUAGAAAGAGGAAGAUCUUUGGAUGAUGCAAGGAAACGGGCCAAGCAGUUCCAUGAAGCUUGGAGUAAACUGAUGGAGUGGCUGGAAGAGUCUGAAAAGUCCUUGGACUCAGAACUGGAAAUUGCCAAUGAUCCAGACAAAAUAAAGACACAGCUCACACAGCACAAGGAGUUUCAGAAAUCACUGGGAGGUAAGCAUUCUGUCUAUGACACCACUAACCGAACUGGACGUUCUCUGAAGGAGAAAACAUCAUUGGCUGAUGACAACCUGAAGCUGGAUGACAUGCUAAGUGAACUCAGAGACAAGUGGGACACAAUAUGUGGGAAAUCUGUGGAAAGACAAAACAAAUUGGAGGAGGCCCUGUUAUUUUCUGGACAAUUCACAGAUGCCCUGCAGGCCCUUAUUGAUUGGCUGUAUAGAGUUGAGCCCCAGCUGGCAGAAGACCAGCCUGUUCAUGGAGACAUUGACCUCGUGAUGAACCUGAUUGACAAUCACAAGGUCUUCCAAAAAGAGCUGGGAAAGAGGACCAGCAGUGUGCAGGCCCUGAAGCGCUCUGCCAGAGAGCUCAUAGAAGGCAGCCGAGACGACUCCUCCUGGGUCAAGGUCCAGAUGCAGGAACUGAGCACCCGCUGGGAGACUGUGUGUGCACUUUCUAUAUCAAAGCAGACACGAUUAGAAGCGGCCUUGCAUCAGGCAGAAGAAUUUCACUCGGUGGUACAUGCCCUCUUGGAAUGGCUGGCAGAGGCAGAGCAGACCCUGCGUUUCCAUGGUCUUCUCCCAGAUGAUGAGGAUGCUCUCCGGACUCUCAUUGAUCAACAUAAAGAAUUCAUGAAGAAACUGGAAGAAAAAAGAGCUGAACUAAACAAGGCCACCAGUAUGGGUGAUACUGUCUUGGCCAUCUGCCACCCUGACUCCAUUACCACCAUUAAGCACUGGAUAACAAUCAUCCAGGCCCGGUUUGAAGAGGUGCUGGCCUGGGCAAAGCAGCAUCAGCAGAGACUGGCAAGCGCUCUGGCUGGGCUCAUUGCUAAGCAGGAGUUGUUGGAAACGUUGCUGGCUUGGUUGCAAUGGGCUGAAACUACACUUAGUGAUAAGGAUAAGGAAGUCAUCCCCCAGGAGAUUGAAGAGGUGAAAAGCCUCAUUGCAGAACACCAGACCUUCAUGGAGGAAAUGACCAGAAAACAACCUGAUGUUGAUAAGGUUACUAAGACCUACAAGAGGAGGGCAGCUGAUCCUUCCUCAUUACAGUCCCACAUUCCGGUCUUAGAUAAGGGACGAGCAGGAAGAAAACACUUUCCAACCUCAAGUUUAUAUCCAUCCGGGUCACAGACACAAAUCGAAACCAAGAAUCCCAGGGUGAACUUACUGGUGAGCAAAUGGCAGCAAGUCUGGCUCCUGGCGCUGGAAAGGAGGCGAAAGCUCAAUGAUGCCCUGGACAGGCUGGAAGAGCUGAGGGAAUUUGCUAACUUUGAUUUUGAUAUCUGGCGUAAAAAAUACAUGCGAUGGAUGAAUCACAAGAAAUCUCGAGUGAUGGAUUUCUUCAGGAGGAUCGAUAAAGAUCAGGAUGGCAGGAUCACCCGGCAGGAAUUUAUUGAUGGAAUUCUUUCCUCAAAGUUCCCAACCAGUCGCCUGGAGAUGAGUGCUGUUGCAGACAUCUUUGACAGAGAUGGUGAUGGAUAUAUUGACUACUAUGAAUUUGUAGCAGCUCUGCAUCCAAAUAAAGAUGCAUACAAACCUGUCACCGAUGCCGACAAAAUUGAAGAUGAGGUCACAAGGCAAGUAGCUAAGUGUAAAUGUGCAAAACGAUUUCAAGUUGAACAAAUCGGUGAUAACAAAUACAGGUUCUUCCUGGGAAAUCAGUUUGGAGACUCCCAGCAACUUCGCCUGGUUCGGAUCCUGCGAAGCACAGUGAUGGUCCGUGUUGGAGGUGGAUGGAUGGCUCUGGAUGAGUUCUUAGUGAAAAAUGAUCCUUGCAGGGUUCAUCAUCAUGGGAGUAAAAUGUUACGUUCGGAAUCAAACUCUUCAAUUACCACUACUCAGCCUGCUAUAGCUAAAGGAAGGACCAACAUGGAACUGCGGGAGAAGUUCAUCUUAGCAGACGGUGCCAGUCAGGGUAUGGCUGCUUUCCGACCACGGGGCCGCAGAUCACGGCCUUCCUCACGAGGAGCUUCGCCCAACAGAUCCACCUCUGUGUCCAGUCAGGCCGGCCAGGUGGCCUCCCCACAAGUGCCUGCCACCAGCACGCCAAAGAUUCUCCAUCCUUUAACACGCAAUUAUGGUAAACCAUGGUUGACAAACAGCAAAAUGUCAACUUCUUGUAAACCAGGAAUGUGCUCAGACUUUGCCGUGUCAUCUGCAGAGGGAACGCCAAUCCAGGGAAGCAAGCUUCGACUUCCAGGGUAUCUAUCAGGGAAGAGCUUCCACUCCGGGGAGGACAGCGGCUUGAUAACAACUGCAGCUGCCAGAGUCAGAACACAAUUUGCAGAUUCCAGGAAGACUCCCAGCCGCCCUGGAAGCCGAGCGGGAAGCAAGACAGGCAGCAGGGCCAGCAGCCGCAGAGGCAGUGAUGCAUCAGACUUUGACAUUUCAGAAAUCCAGUCUGUGUGCUCAGAUGUGGAGACUGUCCCUCAGACACAGAGACCUACACCCCGAGCAGGUUCUCGGCCAUCCACAGCCAAGCCUUCUAAAAUCCCCACACCCCAGAGGAAAUCACCUGCCAGCAAAUUAGACAAGUCUUCAAAGAGAUAGUGCAACUGGUUCCACCAAGGCCCUUCCUUGAGCAUUUAUUAUUUAAAUGAAUGAUGUAAAAUACGAUGUAGAAAUUAUUGUGAAAUAUUGCAGGAGGUGAGUUUAAAAUUCUGCAGAUGGCCUUAUUUGUGUAUUUGUCUUUUUUAUUUGAUCUGUAUCACUUUUUGGUCAGAUUUUCUGGGGUUAAAGUCACAUCAUAUGUGAUAAGGAAGAGUUUAACAUGAACUAGUGUUGCUGCACUGUAACGUGUAGAGCACACACUAAAAUCAGUUACUGUGUCUACAGGUAAGUCUGCCUCCUCUCUGACAACCACAGCACUACAUGGAUAGCUGACACUAAGGGAUACCCCAUGACAGCUUCUUAUUUUUAUGGAAAUUCUGAACAGCUGACAAACACAACAGGGAUAUCUUUUUCUGAGAUGAUUUUAUCUGUCAAUUAAAAGGUGGAGGGCAAAAAGAAAACACAUCUACACAUAGUUCGUCAAGCAGUAACCAACAGAGAACUCACAGGAGACUACUUCAAGCAGUUGCGAGUACCAUGGUGUACAAGUACUUGCCAGCAUCUUUGUGCUGUUCCUUUCAGUACAGCCAGACGCGACCCGGAUAUUAGACCUAGAUACUGUAAGAAUAGACUUGCAAAGUGCGUUCAUAUAAAUGUGAGGUUUUCUUUUGCUGGAGUGGACAGUGGCACCUGUAUCACUAACUCUUUUUGUAUCAAAGCAGUUUCGCUUGCAAAAAGCUAUGAAAUAAAACAUGUCCCUUAAUUACAUUGCUAUGGAAUUAAUUUUUUUUCCACAGGGAAAACUGGUGUAUUUUUUUAUGAGCAGUAUCAAUUUGGAAUGACCAAAAGAUACUUAAAAAUGGGUUUAUUUUGAUUUCUCACCUGGAAUAAUCAUGUUCUGGUAUUAUAUCUACUUAUAUUUAAUAAAUAUACAUUUUAAUUUAUUAUGUAUACUCACAUACUACAGAAAGAUACUAGUAUGCAUUUAAUAAAACAUAUUCACCUAAA